AUGCGGCCGUGCGGGCCGAGUUUUGCAUGGGCACAAGAGCCCAUUCAUUUGAAUGGACUCUCGUGCCUGUGACACACCAGGAGAGAAGUCCCUGCACUACUUUGGAAAAGCAGCCCGCACGGGAACCUUGGUUUCCAGUACGGUUGCGCUUCCCAGUGCGGGGGGUGUGUGGAAGUACAGGGACUUCUUCCCUGCGUGUCACGGGUACGGGAGUCCAUUCAAAUGAAUGGGCUCUCGUGCCCACGCAAAACGCAGACCGCAUAUAUGUGAACCGGGGGUCAACUGGUCUCGGCCCC